CGAAUCAACCGGGCCCUCCGCCUAAACAGAACCAAUACUCUACUCCCCGGCCUUCACCGCCGCGAUUUACCGGGCUCCUGCCUGCCUCUCACACUCGAGGCCUACACCUGCUCCUGGGCCUCGGCCUAUAGUGAGGCCCGACCUGCCCAGACCAUUUCUUCUCCCGCACCCGCUCUUCAUGAAGGAUGUCUGCUACUAGCGUGGAUCCCCAGCGACCAAAGGGACAAGACAGUAAAGUUCAAAACGGAUCCCUGCAUCAGAAGGACAGCGUGCACGAUAAUGACUUUGAGCAGUACCUGUCGGGGCAGUCCAAUCAGAGUAACAGCUACCCUUCCAUGACAGACCCUUAUCUAUCCAGUUACUACCCUCCUUCUAUUGGCUUUCCGUAUUCCCUCAGCGAAGCUCCUUGGUCAACUGGUGGGGACCCCCCCAUUCCUUACCUCACCCCGUACGGACAGCUCAGCAACGGAGAUCACCAUUUCAUGCAUGAUGCAGUCUUUGGGCAGCCUGGAGGCCUGGGGAAUAACAUUUAUCAACACCGCUUCAACUUCUUCCCAGAAAACCCAGCCUUUUCUGCUUGGGGGACAAGUGGCUCCCAGGGCCAGCAGACCCAGAACUCUGCCUAUGGGGGCAGUUACAGUUAUCCACCAAGUUCCUUAGGCGGGACUAUAGUUGAUGGACAGACUGGGUUUCACAAUGAAACUCUGAAUAAAGCCCCAGGUAUGAACAGCAUUGAGCAAGGCAUGGUGGGCCUAAAGAUUGGAAGCAACGUCACCGCUUCUGCUGUAAAGACAGUGGGAUCUGUGGUAAACAGUGUUGGGAUGCCCAGUGCACUGUCUGGUAAUGGCGGCACUAGCAUAAGCAUGCCUCCCUCCAAACCAACUUCAUGGGCAGCCAUAGCCAGUAAACCUGCCAAGCCGCAGCCCAAAGCAAAAACUAAACCUGUCACCAUAAUUGGAGGGGCCCUACCACCUCCCCCUAUUAAGCAUAACAUGGACAUAGGUACUUGGGACAAUAAAGGGCCUGUGGCUAAGCCCCCGGGGCCUCAACAGAUCCCGUCCCCUCAGUCCAUGCCACAAUCUCAGCAACAGCUGCUGCAGCCAAUUCCAGUUCAGGCUCCGCCGCUGUCUCAGACUCAAUACCAAAAUCCACCGCCCCCUCAACAGCAGCCACAGGCCCCUCAGAAUCGCUGGGUGGCCCCAAGGAAUAGGAACGCUGCUUAUGGUCAGGGUGGAGGCCCAGAUGGGAACCCUCUGGGAGGAGCCCAGUCUCACGCUGCCCCCGGAAAUGAGUCUCACCCUGUGCUAGAGAAACUGAAGGCCGCCCACAGCUACAACCCCAAGGACUUUGACUGGAACCUGAAAAAUGGACGUGUGUUUAUAAUAAAGAGCUACUCUGAGGAUGAUAUCCACCGUUCCAUCAAAUACUCCAUCUGGUGCAGCACAGAGCAUGGGAAUAAACGCUUGGAUAACGCUUUCCGCUCCAUGAAUGGCAAAGGCCCCGUCUACCUUCUGUUCAGCGUCAACGGCAGUGGACACUUUUGCGGCGUAGCCGAGAUGAAGUCCCCCGUGGACUAUGGCACCAGUGCCGGUGUCUGGUCACAGGACAAAUGGAAGGGCAAGUUUGACGUCAAGUGGCUCUUUGUCAAGGACGUUCCCAACAACCAGCUGAGGCACAUCCGCCUGGAGAAUAACGACAACAAACCGGUCACAAACUCCCGAGACACGCAGGAGGUGCCCUUAGAAAAAGCAAAACUGGUGCUUAAAAUCAUUGCCACUUACAAGCACACGACCUCCAUCUUUGAUGACUUUUCUCAUUACGAGAAGCGGCAGGAAGAGGAAGAGGUUGUGCGCAAGGUAACGCCUAAACCCGACUCAUGCUAAACGUAAAAAAUGCUUCCCUCCUGUCUGGCUGCUUGGCACCUAAAUCUGGGAGCCUGGGGGAGGAAGUCAUGAUUAAAUAAAGGAGAAGUUCACAUUUGAACAAACUUGUUCUGUGAUGUAGACAUUGAUAUUCUAAGACGAUUUUCCAUUCUUUCCUGGUUUUUGGCUAAUUCUCGGUCCGCCACUAUCCUGUCGCCCUCUCCUAUUCAUCUCCCUUUCUGUUAUUGAUACCACUGCCUGGUUGCUAGGGCAAAGUGUUAGCCUAGCAGCCAAAUACAUUUAAAUUGCUAACUGCAGAUUAAAAUAUUGAAUCAAAGAAUCAAUUGUAAGUUGCCUUAGAAUACCACUCUCUACAGGGGCUGCAAGUUAAUUUCAAGGUGAACUUUGCCAAUAUGAAAUCGCUGUGUGUAAUAAUGUUGCCCAAGGGCAAUAUAUCCAUGCAGUUUGGGAUGCCAGCAUUCUAAUCCCUGCCCCCAAAUUAGCACAGGAUGGCAUGUGGCAGUACGGACAGCAAGAUGGUGGUAGCAGCAGGCUAAUAAACCGAUGAAAUGUCUAGCAUCCCUUAAAGGAGAAGGAAAGGCUAAACUUAAGUAAGCUUUAUCAGAAAGAUCUAUAUACAUACACCAGUAAACCCUAAAAGUAAUGCUGCUCUCUGUCAAAAGAAACACAGCAUUUCUUUCCUUCUAUUGUGUACACAUGGGCUUCUGUAUCAGACUUCCUGUUUUCUUAAACCUCUAGGGCUUGAGCAUGCUCACUUUGCUCCUCUCUCCCUCCCUUUCCCCCUCCUUGCUUUAAUCUGAGCUCAGA